AUGCAGCAUCGACCGGAAACUAAGUAUUACUAUAUGGGUUACUAUAUUAUCACGUGUCCGAAAAUGCGCUACAAAGGAUCAUUUCGACCGAGUGAAUUGCUGUGCGAUAGAACUUUUCAAUGGGUUAGUUCCCCAAACUCAUCUCGUUUUCAGGUUGAAUUUGAAUUUUGUCUCAGAGGGACAUAA